AUGGCGUCUGAGCAGCCCGAGAAGCCUGAGCGCUACACGGAGGAAUUCUAUGAGAAGGUGAAGGCCGCUUUCCCCCCUCUCUCCAAAUACGCCCCUCCCAGCGAUGAAGUCAUCAAAGAAGCACAAGGUCCUCGAUAUCAUCUCCGACCUCGCGAAAAGAAACCACAACCAAGCAAGACCCCGGCUUGGGUUGACAACGAGCAGGAUGAGGACUACAAGCCUGGCUCCUCCAAAUAG